AUGAAAAUAAAAGUUGGUUUUAGGUACAUAACGCCGGAUAGGUUCAUUUUUGAACCUUGCACUGCCGACGGUUCAGUAAAGGGCGAAGCAGGUUUGGUGAUCGAUCGCGUUUCACAGGAAAUAGAAGUUCACUUGCUUGACGAAAAGCCGUCGUUGACUAAACCACGGCUCGUGUACGGUAUAUUUGGCAUUAUUCAUUUGACAGCAGGUCCUUACCUCAUUGUGAUAACAAGCGCGAUAUGCGUAGGUACGAUCAGUCAACACAAAAUCUACAAGGUCACUUCAACGGAAGUUCUGCCGUACGUUCAUACACUUCUUCAUUUGAACGAAGUCCAAAUGGAAGAUAAUACACUUUUCCUUAACAUGCUGAAUAUGGUGCUUUCGUUCAAAAAUUUUUAUUAUUCAACUUCUUUUGAUAUAACCCAUUCUUUACAACGGCUCAACAAUACUAGUCCUGAAUUUCGAACCAUGCCGCUGCUCGAACGGGCCGAUUUACGCUUCACAUGGAAUUACCAUUUGAUGAAAGAUCUCAUUGAAUCCGCGCAGACCAGAGGUAUUGACAACGAAGGAAAUGCGGCGAACUUUGUUGAAACCGAGCAGAUAUUAGAGUACGGCGAUAUUCUGUGCUCAUUUGUUCAGACAAGGGGUUCGAUUCCGUUGUGUUGGUCACAGAAACCGAAUUUGCGUUGGCAGCCAUGGCCAAAACUGAAGUCAGACUAUGACCACUUGAAAACGUUUCGUUACCAUAUGGCUUCCCAGUUUUAUACGUACGGCUAUCAGGUUAUCGUUAGCCUGCUCGACCAAUGCGGUAGAGAAAAGGAUAUUGCAGCCGCGUUCGAGAAGGUGUUCUCAGACGCAAACCUGAGCGGCUUCAAGUUCGUUAAUUUCGACUUCCACAAAGAGUGCAAGAACAUGAACUGGAGUAGGUUGAAUGGCUUGAUAGACAGUGUAAAGGAUGAUAUAAAUCGUUUUGGCUAUUUUGUCUCCAAGAAGAAUGACCCCGGCUAUUGCAAACAACAGGAAGGCGUAUUUCGUACGAAUUGCAUAGACUGUUUGGACCGGACUAAUGUCGUACAGAGUCUUUUGGCUAAAUAUGUUUUGGAAAGUCAGCUGAAGGUUCGUUACGACGUUCGUUGCUCUGGAUGUUUAACGUUUUUGCUUUUUUCACAGUGGCUGCAGAUACUGACCGAUAUGGAUAGCAUUGAGAAUCAUUCUAGUUUUUCAGCAGCAUAUAAAAACUGUAAUGCUUCGUCAGAAACACGCUUUGCUUUUCUUACUGCGUUUCCAUUUGUGAAUUUGUCGCUUUUAGUGUGGGCCGACAACGGAAAUGCUUGCAGUGUUCAAUAUGCGGGCACCGGAGCACUCAAAGAUGAUUUUACGAGGUUUGAUAACUUUAGUAUGUUUCUACGGAAUUUGCCAUUUCGAUCAUAG